AGGAGGGCCAAGCGAGCCUGGACAGGCUGGCUGCGGACGGUGAUCCGCCUGGAAGUUAGUGGACUACUUGGCCAGAUCCCGUUGGCACAAAUGGAUCGUAGUGUGGGCUGGGGUUUGUUUAGGCAGUUCUGGGUGUAUUGCAUCGUACAAGAAAAAUGAGAGACUACAAAUUAGUUGUGCUAGGUGCUGGAGGUGUUGGUAAGUCAUGUUUGACUGUCCAGUUUGUGCAGGGGAUAUACAUUGACACGUAUGAUCCGACGAUUGAAGAUUCGUACUCCAAGGAAAUAGAGGUGGAUGGACGUGCGUGCAACCUCGAGAUACUGGACACUGCCGGCGUUGCACAGUUUACUGCAAUGCGGGAGUUGUACAUCAAGAACGGACAGGGCUUUCUCUUGGUGUACUCUGUCACGGACAAGAAGUCACUACAGGAGCUGUUGUCAAUCCGAGAACAGAUCAUUCGGAUCAAGGGGACAAGCAACAUUCCAAUGGUAUUGGUUGGUAACAAAUGCGAUCUGGCCGAGGAAAGAGAACUCGAGCCGGAGGAUGGCAUAGACGUUUCCAAGCAGUGGAACAAGGUUCCAUUUUACGAAACAAGCGCAAUGUACCGAAUGAACGUCGAUGACGCAUUUGUCGAUGUCGUGAGACAGAUCAUCAGAAAGGAGGUCCAGCAGCAACAAGUCACAGAGGACCACCAGCAGCAACAACAGCCUCAGCAGCAACAACUGCCAAGUACGGCAGGAAGUUCGGCUUUGCCGAAACAAAAUGGACUGAGUUCCAACAAACAAAACCAGAGCUCGGCUCCGGGCAGUGCGACACAGUCUUCAAGGACGCCUCAGAACCCGCAGAAUCCGCAAAAAAACCCACAACAGCAGAGAGCUGCACUCGCCGCUCAGAACGCAAGAUCCGCUCCACCGAAGAAGGCGAAGAAGAGCAGAAAGUGUGUGAUUUUGUGAACAGAGUCGGCCUGCUUGUACUCCCCUUUUUUUUAAUACUCCUUGCUGCUUAUUGCUUUCCUAAAACUAUUCCCCCUAUUGAAGUUUCUUCCUGGAUAUUCGUAUAUCGUCUUCUACAGAAGGCUGCAGAUGUUUUUUUGAGCUAGAUCUUUGUUUGUUACAAUUACAGUUACUACCACUUUUACUAUCUUUAUCGC